ACUGACCAUUUACAUUUCCGAAAAUGAAAAAAGAAAAAUAAAAUAUACAGUGUUGUUCCCUUUGUGCCCUAACCCACGACGCACUUCGCUGGUUUUGCACAGUGCGUCGUUGCUGAUCCAAACCCGUAAGAAACUCUCUCUCUCUCUGUGUGCUCUCAUUCCCAUCGUUUUCUUUUACUUUCUCGUUUCUGUCCCUUUUCAAAGCCUUCUAAGUUACAGUUACCCCUCUCAGAUCUCAUUAUCAACCCUAUUCUUUUCACUAACCCCUCUUCUUCUCUCUCCUUCAUUUACCAAUUCGUUACAACCGCAAAAGGUUUUUGAGUCCACUGAUGGGUACUGGAGCACUCGAAACGAAUCGUUUAACGAAUGGGGAAGCUGAGAACAGUCUUCACAAGCAAGCUGAUCGGGCUUCUCCGCGCGAGGACUUGCUUUCUGAUGGCAAUGAUGCAGUUUCAGACCCUGAGGAGCUAUCGGAAUCACACACUCUUCAGCUUGAAGCCAAGCCGCACCCUGAUGCUCCUGCGAAGAGGGCCAGGUUGCCGAAGGAAUUGACGUUUCAGGACAUGUAUCAAAACCAUGGAAUGUUUGAUGAUGACGACGACGAUGAUGACAGUGACUGGGAGCCGUUUCAGAUUCCCAAGUGUGUGGAAGUUGUCAAGUGGUUCUGCAAAAAUUGUACCAUGGUUAAUGUAGACGAAGUUGACUGCUGCGAAAUAUGCGGGGAGCAUAAAGACUCUAAAAUUCUCAAUUAUGGGUUUUUUGCAUCUCCAUUUGCCCAAGACGAGGAUCUGACUGAGAUCCAGGCAAAUAAUGUAAAAGGAUUGAAAGAUGUUGGCUCACAGGAAUCAGUGGCAGAUAGUUCUACUGCAAUUGGUUUUGACGAGAGAAUGUUGUUACAUGCAGAAGUUGAAAAGAAAUUGCACCCACACCCUGAAAGGCCAGAUCGUCUUCGAGCCAUUGCUGCUAGUCUUGCUAGAGCUGGAAUAUUUCCUGGAAGAUGCUAUUCAAUUCCUGCUAGAGAAAUCACACUUGAAGAACUUUUUAUGGUUCAUUCUUCUGAGCAUAUUGAAUCUGUGGAAAUUACAAGCGAAUCAAUGUCUAGUUAUUUCACUGCAGACACAUAUGCCAAUGAGCAUUCAGCAUGUGCUGCUAGGUUGGCAGCUGGGUUAUGUGCUGAUCUGGCAUCAGCAAUUGUUUCUGGGCAUGCCAAAAAUGGAUUUGCUUUGGUUAGACCUCCUGGUCAUCAUGCUGGUAUUAGACAUGCGAUGGGAUUCUGCCUUCACAAUAAUGCUGCAGUGGCAGCAUUGGCAGCUCAGGCUGCUGGGGCUAGGAAGGUUCUAAUUUUAGAUUGGGAUGUCCAUCAUGGAAAUGGGACACAGGAAAUAUUUGAGCAAAACAAAUCGGUCUUGUAUAUAUCAUUGCAUAGACAUGAGGGAGGAAACUUUUAUCCUGGUACAGGAGCUGCUGAUGAGGUUGGUAGUAUGGGUGCAGAAGGAUACUGUGUGAAUAUUCCAUGGAGCCGAGGAGGAGUUGGUGACAAUGACUACAAUUUUGCAUUUCAGCAUGUUGUCCUUCCUAUAGCUUCUGAGUUUGCUCCAGAUUUUACCAUAAUAUCAGCUGGAUUUGAUGCUGCAAGAGGUGAUCCCCUAGGAUGUUGCGAUGUUACUCCCUCUGGCUAUGCACAGAUGACCCGCAUGUUGAAUGCUCUUUCUGGUGGAAAAUUGCUUGUUAUUCUUGAGGGGGGCUAUAAUCUUCGCUCUAUAUCAUCUUCAGCAACUGCUGUUAUCAAGGUACUGCUGGGUGAAAAUCCUGAAUGUGAUCCGGAGAAUAGUUUUCCUUCCAGAGCUGGACUGCAAACUGUUCUGGAAGUCCUUAAAAUUCAGAUGAACUUUUGGCCUUCCUUGGGACCGAUGUUUAUGAAUUUGCAGUCACAAUGGAAAAUGUACUGUUUAAGAAAAAAAAGGAAACAGAUUAAGAAGAGACGCCGACUUCUGGUGCCAAUGUGGUGGCGGUGGGGACGAAAAAGUUUCUUAUUCCAUUUCCUGAACGACCAUCUUAGUGUAAAAUCAAAGUGAUUUUGUUGAGCUGAUAAAUUUUGCAAUACAGUGAAUACCUAGUAAUUGUCAGCAUGUUGUAUAUUCCAUCUUGAUUCAGGACAGUGUGAUUUUUGUUUGACCGUGCAAAUUAUAGAUUUGUGCGGAAUGGUGAGACAGAAAUCGGUGACGGGGGUGGAGUUGGGGGGAUUGCGGGUGUAAAACUAAAAGGGAUGAAAAUUUCCCAUUUCCUUGUUUGAAUAUUUAUAAAUUUAUCAGAUAGGAAAAUGAUGUUAAAGAACUACUCGAAUUAAAAUGGCACAAACUUAAAAAGAGGUAUGUGGUGUCUUGUCAUCUGUUAUUUUUAUCGUUUACUUUGUUCCUAUGGUCAAAUCAUUUGCUUUGUUCUAAAUAAAUAAAUAAAUAAAUAAUUCUAAACAGGUUUGUAUGAUAUCCAAUAUUUCGGUAUACUCUUGUACUUUGUUUUUGUGGCAUUAACCGAAGUGUGAAUUGAAAACAAUAUCUAUUUCAAUUCUGGUGAGUGCUAUUCAGU